ACAUCCCAGGUUUAAAACCACUUGCCUGGAGAUGCUCAAGGACCCCAGGAGCGAAGAGGAGGGUCUUUGGCGAGCUCAGAGGUUGUAAAGAAGUGGGUGAGAGCCGCAAGGGGCGGGUUUAGGGUGAGCCUGAAUCUUGCCUGUCUUGGCAGCAGGGAGAGUAUAGUGGCACCAGUUCGGCCCAGACCUCUGAGGCUGAUUCCUGGAGGGACCCCUCCCUCAGUGCUGAGCCCAAGGGCCAGUCUGUCCCAGGGGAGGAGAGAUAAGGGCCCUUCCCAGUGCUGUAAUGGGCCUGGAAGAAGCCGGGAGAUUAGUGUGGUCCCUGCCGGAGACGUGGGCCGGCAGAUGCUCAGGCUGGGGCCGUGCCGGUAACCGAACAGGGCUGCGGUCCGAGGCUAAAAGGUUAGACCCAGCAGCAAUCCGGCUCGGUUCCUCUGCGACCCUCCGCACCAGACCGAGAGACCGGCGGCCUCAGUGACCGCUGCUCCCCAGGAGCCUCCUGCCCCGCCUCCACCAGCGGGCAGCAGCGAAGCUGGCCCAGCCCCUGGGCGCACCAUGCGCUGCACCACCCUGCUGGCGCUCCUAGCCUUGGUCCUGCUCUACUUGGUGUCAGGUGCCCUGGUGUUCCAGGCCCUGGAGCAGCCCUAUGAGCAGCAGGCCCAGAAGGACUUGGGGGAGACCCGUGAGAAGUUCCUGAGGGCCCAUCCGUGUGUGAGCCCGCAUGAGCUGGGUCUCUUCAUCAAGGAGGUGGCUGAUGCCCUGGGAGGGGGUGCGGAUCCAGAAACCAACUCAACCAAUAUCAGCAACCACUCAGCCUGGAACCUGGGCAGCGCCUUCUUUUUCUCAGGAACCAUCAUCACCACCAUCGGCUAUGGCAACGCAGCCCUGCGCACAGAUGCUGGCCGCCUCUUCUGCAUUUUUUAUGCACUGGUGGGGAUCCCACUGUUCGGGAUGCUGCUGGCAGGGGUUGGGGAUCGGCUGGGCUCCUCCCUGCGCCAUGGGAUUGGUCACAUCGAAGCAAUCUUCCUGAAGUGGCAUGUGCCACCGGAGCUGGUGCGAGUGCUGUCGGCGAUGCUCUUCCUGCUGAUUGGCUGCCUGCUCUUUGUCCUCACGCCCACCUUUGUGUUCUGCUAUAUGGAGGACUGGAGCAAGCUGGAGGCCAUCUACUUUGUCAUAGUGACACUCACUACCGUGGGCUUCGGGGAUUAUGUGGCUGGUGAGGCUGUUCUUUUUAUACUGCAUGUCCCUACUUUAUUGCUAUCCAGGGUCUCUCCCUCCAAGUUUCACGUGGUGCGUCUGCUCCACCUUCUACAUCCAUCAAAGAAUGCUUCCACAUACACCUCUCCUCAUGUACACGUACAUGCUUGCAUGCCUGCGGGCCCAUGCAUGCUCACACAUAUAUUACGCACACCUCACACGUGUCACCUUCUUGCACGAUGGCACCUGUCUUGCCCACUGUCUUGCACCCCUUCGACUCAUGCUCUGACCUUCCUGCACACACUCACACAUUCUAGCACAAGCUUUUUGUCCUGGGGAGGCUCUGCUAUCAUAGCAAGGCAGGGAAAAGGGGCAGUGAACAGGCAGGUCAAGGGCUUGCCAUGCAACCAACUUCUUUUAUCCUUCCCUGGUGGAAUCCCAGGCGCCGACCCCAAGCAAGACUCUCCAGCUUACCAGCCGCUGGUGUGGUUCUGGAUCCUGUUUGGCCUGGCCUACUUCGCCUCGGUGCUCACCACCAUUGGGAACUGGUUGAAAGCUGUGUCUCGCCGCACACGGGCAGAGAUGGGUGGCCUCACGGCGCAGGCUGCCAGCUGGACCGGCACAGUGACAGCGCGGGUGACCCAGCGAACCUUGCCCACCGCACCGCUGCCAGAGAAGGAGCGGCCACCUCUGCCUCCCCUACCCUGUCCAGCGCAGCCAGUAGGCCUGCCCCAAUCCCCUGUAUCCCCAGAGAAAGUGGCCACGCCCUCCCCGCCCACCGCCUCCGCCCUUGAUUACCCCAGCGAAAACCUGGCCUUCAUCGACGAGUCCUCCGACACACAAAGCGAGCGUGGCUGCGCCCUGCCGCGUGCACCGAGAGGUCGCCGUCGUCCCAACCCUCCCAGGAAGCCCGCGCGGCCUCGGGGUCCAGGGCGCCCCCGAGACAAAGGGGUGCCCGUGUAAGGUCAGGACCCCGGGUCAGGCCUCUCAAAGGACUUUACUCCUGCUGUCUCCCUGGCAUGCUUGGCUUGUUUGACCAAAGAGCCCUCUUUCGACUCUCAACUGAGGCCUAGGCAGGAGGCUUAGAUCGCCUGCCCACCACCUCUGGCCCCUGGUCCCUUCCUCACUUCCGCCCAUUCUGUCGCACAGCCCCAGCAGGGUCUGUCCCUCACAACACCUCACAACUGUGCCUCCAAACCUGCAUCAAUAAAUGAAAACACUCU